UUCCAGUUCAGUUAGCAGCUGUUCUAGACGCAGGUCAUUUAGUUGCUGCAUUAAGGCACUCGUUACCAGGACUCUCAUAUUACUCGGAAAGGUAAUUUCCUUCUUCGCCGUUCAGAAUGCCGCAAGUGCGCACUGCGACUCUCCUCCUCGUGUUCGCCGGGACGUCUAUUCUCAUCUCGGUGAUGAUAAUAACAGGAUCCAUUCAGAAACUUCUUCUGCAUACUUCCCGCGCAGUCAAGGACGGAAGCAGGGAGGAAGCGCUUGAAAACAUAGACUUCUGGAAGACCGUCGAACUGGAGGAAAGCGAUCUACCUUCCAGUAUCAACGAAACGGCUGUUCAGGCGCGGGUCGAAUCCAGAACAGUCAGUGUCAUGGAGACAGACAUCUUUUAUCGAGAAGCACAGCCGCCGGAAGGAGUGAGAAGCAGCGGGGAAGCGGUAGUUCUUCUCCACGGUGCCGAGUUUUCGUCGGAAAAAUGGGAAGAACUAAACACUAUCGGCAUCCUCGCCGCCAUGGGCCAUCGGGUGCUGGCGGUGGAUCUUCCAGGUUAUGGAAAAUCAAGCAAAGGCGAGCCAGGUGAUAAGGCUGACUUUUUGCAAGAGUUGUUCAUGAAGUUGGAAGUUACAAAACCAAUCUUGAUUUCCCCCUCCAUGAGCGGCAGCUACUCCAUCCCGUUCGUCAUCAAAUACCCGCAGGCUCUUGGUGGAUUCGUGCCCGUCGCUCCUGUGGGCACUGAGAAACUCAAAGCAAAUGCGCCGGAACUGAUGAUUCCGACGCUCAUAACGUACGGCGAGCUGGACCUAGAGCUCGGCCACAAGUCGCGCGAGGUCUUGUUCGCCCGCAUCCCGACGUCGCAGAUAGUGCCGCUGCCCGACGCCAACCACCCGGCCUACCUGGACCAGCCGGUCUUGUUCCAUACAUUACUCUAUAAUUUCAUUCAAAACAUCCACGCUCGGAAAGCCUAAUGCCAUGUUUUUGUUUUGUGUUGAUACGAUUCCGGAGAACCAUGAGAAAGUUGUUUUCAGUUGCUUUAUUUGAUGUUCUUGUGUUCGGAGGUUUAAUCGUUUUCCCCUGCGGUCUCUUCCCGUGAUCGCUCUUGUGCGUGUAUCUUGAUAUCCUCAAUGCAAUCAUCAAUUUCUUCUUCCUUUUCCUCCUAUCAUCUGCAUUUCCUCUUUCACGCAUCUUCCGUUAACCACUUCUCUACUUUGAAGGAUGAAAAUAAGCACAAAGGCUGCCAUACACAUACACACACAUAUACAUAUAUAUAUAUAUAUAUAUAUAUAUAUAUAU